GAUUUUUCCGCACGGAUUAGUGUUCCGAGUUAGGAAAAAAUCGCGGACGUUUCGGCUGUUUUCGAUCUAUAAUAAGCCCGAAUGUAUUCAAGUGCCGUCCAGCGCAAGGAACUGGGCGAAUGGUAUCCUUUCAUAUAGAAACUUUUUUUCAUAACUCUGUUGGCUUUUUUCACUGGUAUGUAUUCCGUUAGAGGCAAAGCGAUAAAAUAAAUCAAAAUCUUUCACUAGUAUAGGUAUUUGUCCGAAAGGGAAUUUUCUUUCGGAAUACUUUUCUUUUGAAUACUUUUCACCGUCAGAAAACGAUAUCUUUUUAGCAUUUUUCUUUUAAAACUGAAAUAAAAUGGAAUUAAAUAUUUGGAAUACCUACAUAUACACUAGAUAUCGUGCUCUACACAAUGGUGAAGAUCCUGAGGCUCUAGCAUGUAUGAUUUACAAAUAGCAAGCAAAAUGAUAGUGUAGGAGUGCACGAAUAAUUUGUCAAUCCACUGUACAAUUUCUUGUAUCAUUGAGGUCGAUCACCCAGUCGCUCAUUGAUCAAAGGUUUAGCACGUUCAACGAAUGGUCGAUUUUCAUUUAUCGCACCUGAUAGAUCGGUUGAUGUAUACGUUGCUGAACAGUUAGAAAAAGCUUUAGAACCAUGUCUGACAAAUUUAAAAGUGAACUGGAAUUUGACUACAGCAACUGGUCUAAUUCAUCAAGCACCAAAUAAAAUACCACCAAUCUAUGCAAACGAUCGUCUAAUAAUAUAUGCCUUAGUUGAUGACAAAUUCGAUCACGAUAGUGGAACAGUUGAGAUUUUAAAUAGCCAAAAUACGUUGAUAGCAGCAGCUCAGGUACAAAAUGCCAAUGUAUCAGUUGAUCAAACAACAACUAUCGCUCGUCUUGCUGCUAAAUCGUUAAUUCAAGAAUUACUAUAUUCAAAAGAGAUCGGCUCAGCUCAACCUCGUCUUAAACAAAAUAUAAAACAACGUAUUAUUGAUUUAUCAUUGAAAUAUCAAAUAUUAUCGCCGUAUACCGCAUUUUUUGGGAUUGAAACGCGUUCAAAUGGUGCUGGAGAUAAUUUCAACAUGGUUCUAAGUGAAAUACCCAUUGAAAUUGCGGAUGAUGAUAAAUACAUACAACCGUUCUAUGUAAACCGUUCUAUGAAAAAAUCGGUAUGA